UUUCUCCAUUCCAUCAAACCAAUUACCAAGAAAAAAGUAUUCUCACAGCAAAUAUAUUCCUCUGAUCAUCACCAACGAAUGGAAGCCAAGUGGCUGGUUUUUUUGACAAUGGCCAUAAUGCUGGCGUUGGCAAACGGCCAGGAGUCAGUGAAGCCAUUGGUGAAGAUCGUUAAGGGCAAGAAAUUGUGUGACAAAGGGUGGGAAUGUAAAGGUUGGUCACAGUAUUGUUGCAACCAAACCAUUUCUGAUUACUUCCAAACCUACCAGUUUGAGAACCUUUUUUCAAAGCGUAACACACCUGUGGCUCAUGCGGUUGGGUUCUGGGAUUACCAUUCUUUCAUUACUGCUGCUGCUCAGUAUCAGCCUCAUGGUUUUGGAACCACAGGAGGAAAGCUCCAGAGUAUGAAGGAAGUUGCUGCUUUUCUUGGGCAUGUGGGCAGCAAAACUUCAUGUGGUUAUGGAGUGGCUACUGGUGGACCAUUGGCCUGGGGUCUAUGCUACAACAAGGAAAUGAGCCCCAGCAAAUUCUAUUGUGAUGAGUACUACAAAUAUACUUAUCCUUGCACCCCAGGAGUUUCAUACCAUGGCCGUGGUGCCUUGCCUAUCUACUGGAACUACAACUAUGGAGAAACUGGAGAGGCUCUGAAGGUGGACUUGUUGAACCACCCAGAAUACUUAGAAGACAAUGCAACCUUGGCUUUCCAGACUGCAAUCUGGAGGUGGAUGACGCCAGUCAAGAAGCAUCAACCUUCAGCCCAUGACGUUUUCGUUGGUAACUGGAAACCAACCAAGAACGACACUUUAGCCAAGAGAGUUCCAGGCUUUGGCACCACCAUGAAUGUUUUAUAUGGAGACCAAGUUUGCGAUCAGGGUGAUAGUGAAUCCAUGAACAACAUGAUCUCCCAUUAUCUCCAUUACCUUGACCUGAUAGGUGUUGGCAGAGAGGAGGCAGGACCCCAUGAUGUGCUCACCUGCGAAGAGCAGGAACCUUUCAGCAAAUCUCCUUCCUCUGCAACAACAUCCUGAUCAGCUUUAGUUAAGGGUAAUUGAUUUCUUAGCCUCAUCUCCAUUGGCAAUGGAAGGGCAAGUUUAAUAUUGUUUUUAAUAUGAUAACUGAAACAUGCGGAAUUAUUAGUUGAAACUUGUCUUUGUGUGAAUCCCACAUUACCCUGAACAAUUAUGGAGUUUUACAUCAAUUUGAUGAUGCUGUUUAAAUUUUGAGAUUCAUUUGUACUUUCAAUAUGAGUGAAUGAACAAUACACAUAUGGCCAAAA